AUCAAAACCUGCCCGGUCUGGUCGCGUCAGCUCCGUCAUUCAGGUUGAUGGAUUUGCAGCGGGCCAAUCAAGAGCUUCCCGGUUACCUGCGCCAGGCUCGUCCCGCUCUAGUUCCCACUCUCCGGGCCUUCCUUCCCAGUCCCGGAUCGGACACUCUCUCGCUUCGAUCCCUUCGCUUCGGCAGCCUCGACGGUCCUUUCCUUCUUUAAAACCUUCACCUUCAGAUUUAUCAGUUUUCUGGCUUCCACGCUCCUUGCCCCCUCCAGUCUUGCGCCCUCCAUGCAGCUCUCGUCGGCUCCUGCACUCCACCUGUCGUCCAUUCCACGAGCCCGGAAACCCACAGAGCCAAAUCUGGAAGAGUGGUUGCAGCCAUGCCGAAGCUCGACUGGGAUGCCCACCGCGCCGACAUUGAGCGGCUUUAUAUUGCCGAAGGAAAAUGCCUCACCGAGGUAAUGGACAUUAUGAAGAGGGACCGGGAAUUCCUUGCAAGCAAGCCCUCGUACGAACGGAAAAUGAGAGCAUGGGGUCUGCAGAAGAACACCAUGGGCAAGCAGACUUGGGAUGUUGUGGCUUACAAGGUCGAAAAGAGAAAGAAACUGGGGAAGGAAAGCAGUGUCUACGAAAAGGGCGUCCGACUCGCUGCGGAGAAAUUACAAAGAGAAAUCCCCCGACAUACGGCCCUCACGCUUGGUAAAAAGUUUACCAUCGACACAGACUUGCCCUCCCCCAAGACGCCCGAAGGGAUUGUCGUAUGCAGCCCCAGUCCUCUACAGCAGCAUCUGUCGUGGAAUAAUGAAAGCCCCUGGUCGCGGUUUAUCGGGCUUAUGUGGUCUUCCGGAUUUCAAGGAUUGUCUUUGGAAGCCAAACCACCCCAAGCCUCCGAUCUUGCACCACUCAGCCAACAACUGUCCGGGUCUUCUAUGCAUUCGCUCAUGAGAUCCUCGACCAUGAUUCAGGUCCCCUCGUAUCCCAUGACCUUCCCGACUCCCCAGCAGAUAAUGCCCGACGCGAUUCAACUACGGCCUCUGCCCGAGGUCCCCAGGACCUUUCUGACUCAGUUCUUCCUUCUGUCAAACAACUUCACCGUUAUGGAACGUGAUGGCGUGUCAGCAAGGGACGUUCGUCUACAUGACGCACAUGUGGUCGGCAUGAUAGAGCGACUGAGAUCGGCGGGGUUUGAGCAGAUCAACAGUCUAUUGUCGACCGAGAGCCACACCACCGAGGCAAUCAAAGAGCAUUGUUUUGCCAGCAUCCUCAGGUCUGGGCGCCUGGACCUUUUGCGAAUCAUUCUGGAGACUGGCGUUGAUCUCGACAUGGUUAUCCACUCGGGAAAUGACGACACCCUAUUGACACCGCUUCAAUUUGCCGUAGGCAUUACUGACCGGCGAAAGUCUCUAGGGACGACUCGGUUGCUUCUUGAAUACGGGGCGAAGCCUCUUCGAGCCCAACCCUGUCCGGGAGAGCAAUGCCUCUUGAGCAUGGCAACCCAGAAAGGUCACCUCGAAGUUGUCGGCGUGCUCGUGAACGCUGGAGCCUACCCCUGCCAACAUGCCACCAUCUCCGCUAUCGAAAAUGGCUUUGAUGCGCUCCUCCAGCAGCUGCUGGACGCCGGUGCAGAUGUCAACUUCCGGCUCCUCGGCGAGACCCAACUGGACUACGGGACCGCCGUUUACAAUGCAACGCCGAUUGGGGUGGCGGCCAAAAUGGGAAACGUGAGAAUAGCACGGCUCCUGAUGGAAAGGGGGGCCGAGGUGAAUGCCAAACAGUCUUUGGACUGUGCCAUGUUCUUCUCAGGCACUAAUCGGAUUUGCCGCCAUCAGCGCCACACCCUGAACACAACAGCUCUUGGUCUGGCCAUUGGACAUGGCAAAUUCGAGGUGGCCCAGUUUCUCACACACGAAGCUGGUGCAGCUAUCAACAGCCCGAUACCAGCUGCCAGGGAAACACGUUCUCGGGAACUGGAGAUUGAUAUAUGUCCAUUGGCGAUUGCAUGCCAUGCAGGCAAAAGCGAAUCGAUCAUAAUGCUUCUGGAUGCCGACGCGGAUUUGGCUAGCGCGGAAGCCAAUAGCCUUGCAUUGCCAUGUGCGCCAGCAACACUGCUUGGGAGAUUGACCCUGAACCGGCUUCAGAGUCACUGCGACCAUGACGAGAGCACAGUCAAUGUGUACAAAAAGCUCAUAGACAAGGGUGCUCGUCUCGAUCAUGCGUUACUCGGGGCUACCAUGACAGGCAAUUCUGGCCUCAUCUCGCUUCUACUUCAUCGUGGAGCACCAGUCAACUGUUUUGUGACCAGGAAGAAAAGAGAUGGUAUGUACCGGGUGCGCUGUACCAAAAUGAGGACGACUGCCUUGGGAGCUGCCAUCGAACUUGGAUCUGUGGAAAUAGUGCGGAUGCUUUACGAUGCUGGAGCUAGAGAGCUUGGCGACCUGGAGCGAAUUCCCGGUGACGAGAUGGCCACGUUCUUGGAGGGGACUGGCAUGAUGUCUGAAGUUAUCAGCAAGCGUCUACCCUCGGUUUUGGACCACGCGAUUGAACACGGAGACCAGAAGCUCGUCAAAAACAUUCUGAGCCGGGAUGUCGACUUAUCAGAAGACCCGACCAACUGGAUUGGACACUCAUACUUGGACACGGCCAUACGAAAAGGAGCAGACCUUGAAUUAGUCGAAACUCUGAUCGAGCACGGAGCUCCUCUGACCAAGGAAGUAUUCUUGACAGCCACUCUUGAAGGGUCUCAAGAUAUUCGCAAGGCCCUGUUUCGAGCCUCCUCGGCGAUUGAAGGGCGAGUGGGACAUACGCCCGUGGUUGCGGGGCCGUCAAUUGCCUCCAAGGACGGCCGUGAGUGGCGUUUGAAAAUAAAGGAAGCAGCUAUCCUUGCCGCAGAACACGCAAAGAUCCGCCCAUUGAACAAUCUGCUUGUGGAAUUGAAUUGGGAGCCCAGAUCAGCUGGUCUUGCUCUGACCGUCGCAAUUGCUCGAAUGCGUAACGGCGAACUUUAUCUCGUCCAGCAUCUGUUAGACGCCGGAGCAUCGUUCGAUGAGCCCUUUGGGGGACAUAUUUCGGCUUUGGCUGCAGCUGUGGCCGUGAAGGAGGUCCCCUUGGUCAACACUUUGCUUAGCUCCGGAGCCGAUGUUAACAAGAGCGCAAUUGCCGCUGGGAAAACGGCUUUGCAAGCCGCCGCAGAUGUCGGCCACUUGGAACUGGUUGACUUGCUCCUGAAAAGGGGCGCCGACGUCAACGGCCCGCCAGCCCCCAGUCGAGGAGCAACAGCGCUGCAGUUUGCCGCAACCCGAGGCUAUCUAAGCAUUGCCACUCGGUUACUUGACGCCGGGGCCGACGUCAAUGCGCCAAAGGCAGAACGGGGGGGAAGAACCGCUCUCAUGGGUGCAGCCGAGCACGGCCGUAUUGACAUGUUGCACCUAUUACUUGACAGAGGGGCAAAUGUUCAUGGCUCCGAUAGAACCCGGUUUGUUGAGGCUGUCUUCCUGGCGGAGCAGAGGGGCCGAAGGGCGACGGCCGGGUUCCUCAAGUCGCAUGGCGGUUGGACCGAGUCUGAUGAUGAACUCAAGGCCUCUCUCCGGUAUCGUUCAGGGUAUAUCUGGGCCUCGAACCCGGACGCAAGCAAGACUAGGUUGACGGCUGAAGAUCCUCCCUCGUCACGUCCGGAAAGGCUUGAUUCGCAGACAGAAAGUCGCGGCGUGGCGAUGGGGGUGCAACAGAGCUUGGAUGUCGAAAUUCCGGGCGACGGCCAGAAGACCAGGGGCACGGCCGAACCCGGGGCAGAAUUUGUCUAGGGGUGGGAGUCUGGUUUGACAACAUGGAGAGUGGUUAGAUUUGGAUGAGGCGACGGCAAGUUUGAGGAAUAUAGAUGCCAAUCAGGGCGGGACCCAGAGCAUCUAGCAGUCUGUUUGUACUUUCAUUAGAAACUAGUUCUAUAAUCUAUUCCUUCUCUGAUACGUAGCAACACACCAAGCGCGCCCUAUAAGCAAUGCUCGGU